AUGGACGAGCGCGAGUCCAGCACCGCUUCCUCGGUCGACUUCUACGAGUCCGCCAGGAACGCCGGCACGCCGCCACAAGAGCCGCAAAACGCUUCUUCUGCCCCCAAGCGCAAGGCUGUCCAUGAUGCGCCCGCUCCGGAGAAGAGACGAAAGCUCGAUUCUCCGUCCCCUUCCUCUCAAUGCGCGCUGAAGCCAUGCGCUGGCCUCCCGCCAGCAGUGUGGCAGCACAUUUUCCUUUCUUGUUCUCUCUUUGAUCUGGGUCGAUUGCUUCAGGUCAAUCGAUCGUUUCGUUCCUAUCUCACAGACGUGCCGAACGUCUCUCUUCCGAACCCAGAGUCUGCCUCUCUGCGUCUCCUAAAGUCCGAGUCUGUGUGGGCUUCGGCCCGCAAUGCGCUUCCUGUCAAGCCCCCGAAGCCUCUCCCAGGCUUUUCCGAGUUGCAAAUGUGCCGGCUUGUAUGGUCUACAAGAUGCCAGUUCUGCGCCAGGGAGAGCUCCUUCACCGCGGGAGAGAAGAUCUGGCAAAAGGGGCCCGGUGCGACCGGAGUGCGGACCAUAUGGCCGUUUGGGGUCAAGGCGUGCGGGCCUUGUCUGAUGGCGAAAUGCCAGACAGACGCGAGUCUUCUAUUUUCGACCGCCUCCGCUCUUCGGCCCGCGCUACCCUAUGCCUUCAUCACCAACGACCACAACUACAUCCCUGCGUACACGCUUCAGGCCGCAACUACCCCUGCCGGCGUCGACAUCGCAAAGUACUACUACAGGGAACACGUCGAGGACAUCACGAAAGAGCUCCACCACGCGCUGGGCCUUGGCUCUGCCGCGGCCGAGGAGUGGUCCAAAGGCCUCGAUGCCCGUGGCAAUGAGCGCAUGAAGGCGGCAGAGAAGUGGGAGCGCUGGGAAGUCAAAUACCAGUGGUGGUCGGAGCAUCACGAACCAAAGCGAGCCGCUUCUGCAGCUCUCUCUCCCGCGCCUACAUCCCUGGCGUCGCACAAAGAGCCGUCGAGGUCCCCGACACACCAAACUCCCUCACCCGUCAUCCAUGCACCAAUCCCAGCGAGUAAGUAUCCCCUUGUUUCGCUUCCUGCCAGAGGCGGCAGCAGCAUACUCCCGCGCUUCAACAACGCCCCUCCCGUCCCCAGCCUAACAGCCGCAGCUGCCACAUCACAAUACAUGCACCCGCGGCCCCCAACGGUACCACAGCAGUACACUCCCCACCCCAUCCCCACCGGAAGCGUUCCACCUUCGCAGAGGAAUCUUCACGAUGCAAACGAGGCCAAAGCAAGUCGCAAAGCCGACAUUGAACGGCGUUGCCAACAGAUGGAUCCACCUAUCCCGCCAAACAUUUUGCGCCACAUGGAUUCGUUCAAAGCGGCUAUCCAGAUCUCGCAGCCAAUGACUGACUUCGCCUGGAGUGUGCUGCAACCCCGCCUUCUGGCCCAACUCCCUGCUGCCCAACAGGCCGAAGCGGACCACGUGUCACGCCUGGCAUCCCUCUCAAGAACAACCGAUCGCCGCCACCCAGAUAUCAACUCCAAGGAAGCCAAGGAAGUCAUGGACCGGGAAUGGGAAGAGUCGCAGCGCCCCAUUCGCGACAAGCUGAGCGCCAUUGCAGACGACUUUAUCAACCAGGACUGGGACCAUGGCAGGGCCGUCACUUACGACAACAGCCCCAAGUUCGCGGUGGACCUCCUGGUCCAUGUCCGCCGCACCUUUUAUGUGGGCUUCUCCAAAGAAGAAGGAGCAACCCUCCCACAGCAAGAGGCCGAUUCUGAGGAAGGAGUCGAAUCCCACGGACCCAAACUCGUCCUGGAGAACAUGAAAUGGGUAUACGAUAACAAGGUCAAACCUCUAACAGAACAGUAUCGCAAGGAGCUUUUCCUGUGCAACGGCAGCGGAUGCGAAGGCAACUUUCGGUUCUAUGGCUUCGAAGGCGUUAUCCAGCAUUUCGGAGCUAAACACACUAAUGCAUUCAGCGUUGGCAAUGUUGUCGUGGCUUGGAGAGAAGCUGAAUGGCCCGAGGAGACCCCGUUCCACCCGGAUCCUAUCUCGGUGAAGCAUGCUUAUCACCCUACUUCUACCGCAGCUGGCCACGCCGGCUAUGGCGCAUACUAUGGUGGGUAUUCAAGGGCGGGAACCUCUACUCCCAUUGUCCAGUCUCAUCUACCCCAGGCCAGUCCCGGUCCGUACCAUUACGGUGGCCAUCAAAACGGACCCUUUGCUCCUCCACAGGUGCCCACGGCUGGAAUUCCGGGAUACGAUUACGGCCAGCAGUUUGGCACACCGCUGGAUACUUACCCAUACCAGUCUAUGGCACCACCAGGCUACGGGCACCAGCCGGGUAAUAGCUACCUGACAUCCCCCGUCAUGUCCAAUCCCGCCAUCGCGCCACCACCCGCUGGUGCGCCUCCGGCCCCGGGGGCAAACGACAACAUACCCAAGCCGGAGGAGCCCGAUUAUCGUACUCCAAUGUUUGAUAAGCAAGUGAGUACUAUCAUCGAAAUGGCCCAGGACAUCUGGAAGCAGACUUCCGGGAUCAAGGACCUUCCGAACAGCCUCCGGAUAUACGUUUUGUUGCAGCGUGUCAUUUCAAAGUUUCAUGUCGAGUUCAAUCAUGAACCGAAUCUGAAUCACUUCAUUGAUGCUUUUUCCAAUCACGAGAUACCGCGAGCCCUCAAAAACGCUCCUGGGCUUUGUUGCAAAGCUUGUCAGGACGAUUUCUCUCAACACCAGUCUCGGCCAGAAGAGAGAAGAACCUACACGGUUUCCAAUCUCUUUGCACAUUUCAAGACGCAACAUUCUGGGCCUGCGGUUGCCAGUUUUGGACAUGGCCAGCCGUCCGGCGCUCUAGACUGGAAAGAAGAUAUGAUUGAACUACCGAGUGAUCGCUUCAUAUCUGGCCUCAUCCACGCUCCCGGUAUGGACAACGACAAACUUCUCAUGAUUGCCACUGUUUUCCCAAGGCUGUUUCCUACCCCGCUGCCGAAAAUUGGAGUAGUAGACAACAACGGGGCGGCAUCUCCGGCCCACUCCGUCUCAAAGGACCCCAAAGACGCGCCUAGGGCUGGCGGAACCCCUGGAGUGCUCCCGGACAAGUCUGGCCCUUCCCCCUUGGAUUCUCCAUAUACGGAUUCUCCUAGGCCACCCAAACCGGCCGAAGAUGAAUAUGACCCUCAGAGGCCGGCGCUCGCGGAUCAGGCCCAUCCGUCUACUAGGCUCGCUGACAGGAGGCACUCCUACCGUGGUAGCCCUCCAAACGACCGAAGGGCUCGCUUCUAUGCUGAGCCGCGAUACUACCUACCAAGGGAGCCAAUCGAUGAUGAGUAUCAUCGACCGCGGGAAUUUCUGGAUUACGCACCUAGCCCCAGGAGAAUCCGUGACCCUGGACCUAUGUAUGAGGAAUACCAUGAGCCGCAGCGGUACUAUCGAGAGCGCGAAUCGUUCUAUCACCCUGCUCAUAGUGGCGUUGUUUACGCGCAGCCGCGCGAAGGAGUCCAUAUCCAAGAUUACGACCCUUACUCUCGUCAGGUUCGCUAUGUUGAAGAUGAUGGUGGACGGCCCGAGUACCGUUAUGUGAGGCAACCUGCGUCGCGGGAGCCCAGCCUCCAUAGAGGCCAAUCGGCGGCAGAUCGUUUUCUAGAGGAAUUUGUGCCCAGACAACCGCCCACAAUUGAAAAGGAUGAACCGGCCAUCGCCCCGCCAGCCGAUACAAAGCCUGCUCCAGCUGAAACGGAUCUCGACGACGGUUCCCGAUAUACGCCUCCGCCCCCUAACCUGCCAGCUGCGGAGGAAGCGGCAGACCUGUUGCAUCCUCCUCUCAGGCCGGCUGCGCGUACGGCACCUUCCACCAUCUCUAAUGGCUCUAGGUAUGAAGAGCACCGACCGGGUAGCCGCCAAGUCCCGACCCCAGAUUCCGGACGCGGUCCGAGGAGGCCUGGCCCGCAUCGGCGAAGGGAUAGGUACCAUGACCAUUUACCGUCACGGUACUACAGAUACAUGAGCGUCGCUCGCGAUGAACCGUACUCUCGAGGUGCCAGUAUGAGCCGUUCUCAAAGCAAGAGGUACGAGAGAUAUGAGGAGCAGCGACGCCGGAUCGAUCAGCAGGAAACUCCCCAGCCCAAUGCGGAUCGCGAUUAUGAAAUGGCUUAUUCUAGGGACCAUAGCGUCGAUCAGGGCCCGCCGGACGAGGCUCCCUACCAGGUACGACAGGCACCAAGGGAGUACGUCUCGGUCCAGGACCGCCUACAUGCCUACUCGCCUCCUCGGUACCGCUAUGCUCCCUAUGCAGAAGACUCUCGUCCUCCGCCAGUCUACGUAGACGAAUACGGCCAGCUCCGGCAGUACGAGAUUAUACGGGUGCCGCGGGAUCCUCGCCCAGCUCGCGGACCUUACCUCCCCCAUCCCCCUGCCAGCCGGUACAUGGAGCAUGAACCGGAACACGUGCAAUACGUUCCUGUUUCUUAUGACCGUCCUCUUCCACAACGAUAUGAAAGUCGGCCUGACUACCUUUACUAUGACGAAGGGGAGAGGGAAAUGGAGAGGCCGCCGCCUGCUGCGCGUAGACCGGCCUUUGAACCGGAGAGCUCGUAUGAACCACCGCCAGCGGAGAUCAAGGUGGAGAGUACCGCACCCGUUCCGGAUGCUUAA